CAAAACCACACUCUAUUACUGCUACUAUUUCCAACCUUCGGACCAAAAGUCAAGCCCACCAAGACUGUCUCGGUAGUUUCUUUGUUUCAUACUGCAGUCAUGUCUUUCGAUGCGUUCUCAUGUAGUUGUCAUGCGGAUAUACACCAAGAGAUGCGAUCAUUGAUAUAUCCGCGUGCAGACGGCAGGCCUUGUGGACUGGAUGUAUAUUAAAUCCCCGAGGGGAAGUAAAAUUAAUAAAUAAGGACUAUCAAUACUUGGUUCGAUAUAGUGCUUUUGAUGAUCGAGACUCAGCGAAUGGUAUACACAAUGGAGAUCCCUAAUUCCUUCAUGGUCUACAACUCCUCUACCCAACAUAACUCUAUCAGCCAGUGGUCUUCUUGUCCUCGCAGACCUUCGAACAAUCUCCCGUCGUACUGCCCUUACCGGUGGUGCCUCAUGGAUCGACUCCCUAGUCCUUGCCCCUGGUUUGCAUUACCAACAAGCAUGCAAUGACCUCGAACGUGAAGCACCAAUCGGGUUGAUAGCACUGUCUACUCAGACACUCGACCAGAUACAAUAUGCCGUGAAGAACACUAUGACGGCCAGUUAUCUCAAGAGUCUUGUCAAAGAUGGCGCUGAGAACAUCAUCACACUUGAUGUUGGGCUGGACACGCCAUGGGAUGUAGUCAAAAUCGUUGGGAAGGUCAUCAGAAAACCCAGAAUCUCAGAUGAAGAAGACGACGAUGAGGAUCAUGAAGACUGGGCUUCCCUCUCUGACGUCGACUGGCUCAGCCAUCUGCUCUAUCUCAUCAGUCCCCUCAUAACAUCAACUUCUAUAGCCUUCAUGGUUAUAUUCGAAGACUGGUGGGGUCUCGCAAUUCUCCUCACUCUGAUCAGUUCUCGCAUCCUCAACAUCUGGGCCAUAAAGCAGCGCAUGACGCACUCAGAACCUUCCCCCAAGAGUCUUACCAUGACAGAAUACACCGUCGAUCUUGGCGGAGGACACAGCGUGCGUCUACGUGGUCCAGAUGCAGACUUACAGGCUCUUGUUACUCAUGCUUGGCUGCGUACGCAGUCAAGUCUGGAGGGUUAUCUUGAAGCAGCGGCUAAAUUGAUGGUGUACAUGUCUGCUGCACUGGGAGGAAAUAUGACACAAGCCGGAGCGAUUGUGCUUAUUGGGUUAUUGCUUACAAGCGCCGCGCUAUUGGGACUCAGUAAUGCACAUGCACGAGGGUUCCGCAUGCAUGGUCGCUAUGCGAUGCCUCAGCAAACGAAGAUGAAGGCUGUGGAGGUUCGCAGCAGUAGUACUUCGGGGGGAGAGGCGCAAACCGGAUUAGUUUAGUAACUCGAAAUAAUGAGAAAUCGAGCCAUAACAAAAAUGCUAUACUGAUAUAUGAACCAUAUGCUUUAUUGCCUGUUGUCCGUGAAUUCAUUAGGA